AUGUUGAACCGACUCAUUCAUGAUGAGCCAUGGGGAGCUCAGUGGAGGUCCUCUAUGUAUUUUGUUGUUGCGACGAUGGCAGUGGCUUUGCUAACGGACAUGUAUUUGUACGGAUUCCUGGUACCACUGCUUCCAUACGUCCUGGAACAUCGUCUGGGGCUCGACGAGGCCCUCACUCAGCGCUUCAGCACGGCAUUGUUAUCUCAGAACGCUCUGAUAAUGGUCGUUGCAAGCCCUUUCAUCGGAUCGCACGCCGAUCGCUCGGGCGCAAAACGUGCAUGGCUUCUGAGCGGACUUGGAGGUGCUCUGCUCGGGUCUUUGGUUAUCGCGCUUGCGACUUCUGUCUUCACCUUGUUUGCAGGAAGGCUCAUCCAGUCUUUUGCCAGUACUUCUGUCUGGGUCGUGGGAUUUUCAACACUUGCGGACCAUGUCCCCGCAAAUCAAAUUGGCAGGAUGUACGGCUUCGUGACCGUUGCCGUUGCAAUUGGGACUUCAGCCGGGCCGCUAGUCAGCGGAGUGCUGUUCGACCUUGGCGGGUACUGGGUGGCCUGGUCAAGUGUGCUAUUCAUCGUGAUAGUUGAUGUGAUAAUGCGAUGUCUGAUGAUAGAUAACACGGCGCGGGAUAGAGCCGCCCACAUAAAGUCGGACGAAGAAGAAUCUGAAAGACAGACAUUGCUAUCACCUUCAACGGAUAGCGAGGAAGAACAAACUUCUAGGACAGAGAAGACAGGCAUCCACUUCUACAAGACCUUGCUUAGCAAUGGCCGUUUCAUAGGAGGCAUCGCCUGUUAUUUGUGCUUUGCAAUCCUAACAGCCAGCUUUGACGCGACACUCCCUCUUCACCGUGCCCAUCGGCUGGCUGAAGGAUCAAGUGGGUACACGAUACCCGACCACGAUUGGCUUUGCGCUGCUCGUACCUUUGUUGUGGGCGAUCGGGAUCCCGGGGACGAACGGUUUCCCUGGGCCAGUGCAGGGAAAUUCGGACCGACCAUGUACAGUGUUGCAGUGUGCGGUGCAGGGGUUGUGAUUUGUCUAUUGAAUGGGGUGGGGAUGAUGGAAGCGACUCAGGCCGUGGAUGAGAUUCAAGGGAGGAGUCCUGGGAUCUUUGGACGGAAUGGUGGGUAUUCCCGAGCCAUCUCGUUAGUAAGCAUGAGCUGGACGGCGGGGAUGUUCAUUGGGCCCAUUUUGGCGGGAUACGGCGUGGAGCAAAUCGGAUAUUAUGGCAUGAACUGUGUUCUG